AUGAACUCGCUCCUGCCCCCUCUCGACUUCCCGCUCUCGCUCAACCCCUCGGCACCCUCGCAACCUCGCCCCGUCCUCCCCUUCUCCCUCCUGAUCGAAUACGUCGGCCCUCGCUCCCCCAUCUCCUGGUCGCGCCCCGCAUCGCCCGUCACCCCUCGCUCGCCUCUCAACCCGUCCUCCCCACACGUGCUCGACUCGCCCUCCUCGAACCGGCGACCUCGGUCGCGUUCUCGCUCGCUCCGGUCUCGCAACCGCCCACCGCCGCUCGCUGCGGCACUCGUCACGCCUACCUCGUCGCCUGUGCCGGACGCGCACGCCGCCCGGGAUGCCGCCCUCGACCGCGACCACACCCUCGCAUCGACAUCGAUGACACCUCCUCUCGCGCCUCGCGCUCGCACGAGCACAGCCGACGAAUCUCAAAAGGUCGUCAAGGUGAUCGCCUCGAACGGGCGCACGGGCGAGCAAUGCGAGUUGAGCUACUCGUCGACCAAGGUCGUCGGCAACGGCUCCUUCGGCGUCGUCUUUGCGGCAAAACUCGCGCCUGGAUCGCUCGGACCCGACAACGAGGGCGAUGACGAUGUCGCGAUCAAAAAGGUGUUGCAGGACAAGCGGUUCAAGAACCGAGAGCUGCAGAUCAUGAGGGUCGUCAGGCACCCGAACGUCGUCAACCUGCGCGCAUUCUUCUACUCGAACGGGGACAAGCCCAAGAAGGACGAGGUGUACCUCAACCUCGUCCUCGAGUACGUGCCCGAGACGGUCUACCGCGCGUCGCGGCACUACGCCAAGCUCAAGCAGACGAUGCCGAUGGCCUACAUCAAGCUGUACAUGUACCAGCUCAUGCGCUCGCUCGCCUACAUCCACUCGAUCGGCAUCUGCCACCGCGACAUCAAGCCUCAGAACUUGCUCCUCAACCCCCCGACUGGCGUCCUCAAGCUGUGCGACUUUGGGUCGGCAAAGAUCUUGGUCGAGGGAGAACCCAACGUCAGCUACAUCUGCUCGAGGUACUACCGCGCGCCCGAACUCAUCUUUGGCGCAACCAACUACACCACCAACAUUGACGUCUGGUCGGCGGGAUGUGUCAUGGCGGAGCUCAUGCUUGGACAGCCCCUCUUCCCCGGCGAGUCUGGGAUCGACCAGCUCGUCGAGAUCAUCAAGGUGCUUGGCACGCCGACUCGCGAGCAGAUCAAGACGAUGAACCCGAACUACAUGGAGCACAAGUUCCCGCAGAUCAAGCCUCAUCCCUUUGUCAAGGUCUUCCGUCCCCGCACGCCUCCCGAGGCCAUCGACCUCAUCUCCAAGCUCCUCGAAUACACGCCCUCCGCCCGCCUCACCGCCAUCGAAUCCAUGUGCCAUCCCUUCUUCGACGACCUCAAGGUCCCCGACGCCAAGAUGCCGACGGGCAAGGACCUCCCGCCGCUGUUCGACUUUACCCGCGAAGAGUUGUCGUGCAGGCCCGACUUGAUCAAGAACCUCGUCCCCGCCCAUGCCGAGCAGGAGCUGCUGAGCAGGGGCGUCGACGUCAACAACUUUGACCCGAUCCCGCUCGACCAGAUGCGCGUUCACCUCGACUAG